ACCUUGAGGCAUCGGUGACCUACUGCUAUUAGACGUGGAAUCCCGUCAAGUGAAAGAGCUACAAACAACCUAAUGAAAUAUUAGCAUCUGAUAUGCCCUCAAUUUUCUUUUCUUCUAAAACAGCGAACUUACGAGGGCACUCUGAAUAAGUUCACAAGUCCAGAACAAACUACUUGUUAGCAGAAUCACGACUUUACCAUAUAAUCAUCAAUGAAUGGAGUUCUCUACCUCCGUUGGUAAACAAUUUCAAGAGAAAGUUGGAUAAACUGAGAAACCGCCAUUACGAAGACUGACACAGGACACAUAACCUUCUGUCCUUUCAGAACUGAAACUGAUUAGAUUUAAGGUUUAGCGCUCUUUCAAAUGACAGUGCAAUAUAGCCAACUCGUCCUAACUGGGGGCCCGGGUGUAUUUUUCAAAUUGCUAUUAAAAUGGAGAGGAUGUAUUUUCAAACUGAUAUACAUCGAUGUUAUUGUUUUCAUGGCUCUGUAUGCAUUAAUCACUUGUGUAUACCGUUUCGCUCUGUCAGCUGAAUGGCAAAGAACCUUUGAAGAUAUUAUAAUAUUUACCAGAAGCUUCCAAGGUUUAAUCCCAGUUUCUUUCAUUCUUGGCUUCUAUAUCGAUAAUGUCUUCACGAGGUUUUGGAGACUAUUCAUGACCAUCCCAUGGGUGCUAAAGUUCGCCAUUUCAAUUUCUGGGCAUCUUUCUGGAAACUCUGAACGUGCUCGUUUAAUGCGACGAACAUGCUUUCGGUACAUGAUGUCAAGCCUAGUAAUGACAUCCACACGUCUCAACUUAAUUGCCAAGAAGCGUUUCCCUACACCAGAAUUCUUCGUCGCGGCAGGAAUACUUACAGAAGAAGAGUUGGAUAUUAUGAGUGUUAGUCCCAUUCAUGUUCAACCGUUUGUUCCAGUAGUAUGGACUACUUCCCUCGUCACUCUUGCCGGAAAAGAAGGCUUUAUUACGAAUCAUCAUGCCUUGGUGUCCAUCAUCGAUGAAAUAAAUAACUUUCGUCAGGGUCUGUUGGAUAUGUUUAUGAUCGAUUUUGUUUGCAUCCCAUUGGUUUACACACAGGUCGUCACAUUGGCAGUGUACAUUUAUUUCAUAGCCUCACUUGUUGGUCGUCAGUUUAUAAUCGAUAGUUCGCGAACAAAUUCACAAGGUCUCUAUUUUCCUUUCUUUAUGUUCCUAGAGUUCAUAGUGUAUAUGGGAUUGUUAAAGGUUGCCGAAACACUGGUUAAUCCUAUGGGGGAAAAUGACGAAGAUAUUGAUAUUAAUGAGGUGAUAGAUUUUAAUUGGAAAACUGGAUGGUGUAUUGUUGAUGGAAUGAAAACAAGCGCUCCAGCUAUUGUACGAGAUUUCCACUGGCAACAGUCCGUCAUCGAAUUACCCCACACACAGGAAUCCAAACGACUGGCUUCUCGCCCAUUUAGAGGAUCGACAUAUAACAUAAACAUUCCUUUCACUCCUGAUAUGAUUGGAUCUGCACUAUCUUUAUCACUAAUUGGUCAUUCACAAGAUUUAACAACUGCGCGUCAUUUAACUCGAAAUAGUACGAUAAAUAUUCCUACUAGGUUGAUCCCAACUGAGAGCGUUGUUCCCAGCGAAACUGAUAAUAUGUCGAGAAUGAAUGUUUUGGAUGAUCAUACGGCUAUGGAUACUGGGUUAUUAACUGUUACUCCUAAUACUCCCGCAGUAAACCGUCUUCUUCAUGAACCAAUAAAGGAGGAAGAUGAAGAACGUGAAGAUGACGAUCAGUCUUACAGCAGGUCCAAAACAACGAUGAUACUAUAAAUCUUUAAGACUUAUAAUAAUGAGUAACAUCUGAUAUUUGUGUCAUCUCACUAACAAGGUAUUUAUACCUUGCAUGUUUAACUCGCAAUCUUACCUGUAAUCUCAUGAAGUAACUUUUAUCUUAUUGUACUUAAUCGGUUGAAUAUUUACGCAAUGUAAACGUUUAUGCUAUUCACUAUUUGGGUUGUGAUUACUAAUAAACAUACACGUAGGUUAUAUCUAUGGGUUUUCAGCUUUCCAUAUAUGGUAACAAGUCUAUUAUUUUUAUCUAUUAUAGACAACGGGUUUUUUUAUCAACCUCAUAAAUUACGUUCAUACAUAAUUCAAAUGAAAA